UCUUAUAUAAUGCUCGAGUGUCUUGUUGUGCUAAAAACCAGUAACCACUUGUGUUAUAAAUCAUAAUAUUCUACAGGUUUUAACACUUUAUUCUCUUUUGGUAUUAAUUUGUUUUGCAUCAGAUUUGUUUUAAAUUGUUUAUUAGCUAAUUGUAUUAAUCCUCUUAUAUGCUGAUUUAUUAUUUUGAUUAUCUUCAGGAAUGGCGUCUUCGAGUAAUGUCUUCAAAUAUCCUCCUCGUCUAUAUGCAGAAGGAAAAUCACCUUUGCAACAUAGAAGCAUGAACCACAAUUGUUAUCUGUCCAAGAUUGGUCAAAUCAGAGAAGGAUUAGGUAUUGAUGUGUGGGAUGAAUUGGAGAAAUCAUCACUAGGUGUGUUUAUCAAACUAGCUGAACUAGAGUACACAUGGGCUGCCAAGAAAGUACAUCUAUUCCUCACAAAUCAGUUGAAAGUGGAUAAUUUUCAUGAGAUAUGGUCUAUGAUUGAUGGUAGACCAGUCCGGUUCUCCUUAAAUGAGUUUGCUGCUAUAACAGGACUGAAUUGCGAUCCAUUUGACCCGUCGGAAAAGUUUGAAGCUGAUCACCGUGAGCUAUGGGAGGCAAUGAAAGUACCAAUCUCAGAAGGUCUAAAGUUCAAUGAGUUGCGAACUGUGAUGGAUCUUAGCAAGGCAUGGGACUUAAAGGAGAGGAUGAUGGUGGGUAGGUUGUGUUUAUUAUCAGUGGCAAUACAUGGAGUGCACCACGGAUCUAGAUUUCCUUUGUCUAGUGCUAUAAGAGUUCUUGAUCCAGUGAGUUUUGAGAAAUAUCCGUGGGGACGAGUGGCUUUUGAAUGUCUACUUAAAUCGGUUAAGACAGUUGACUUUAACAAAGAUGGUUAUGUUAUUAAAGGAUGCGUUCACGCUUUGCUUAUGUGGGUGUAUGAGAGUUUCCCUGGAUUAGGAGAGGGUUAUGGGUUGAGAAGGCCUAUCUUGACUGGUAUUCCACUUCUUGAUUGGCAGUCAACUCGGAAGGAUAUCGACCUAACAGAAUUCAUUAAAAACGAGAAGAAGCUGCAUGAGCAAGUGCGUGUAAGACACAUGAUUCCUGUAACUGAAGAAAACAUGUACCCACAAUGGAGUAAUGCGGAGGAGGAUAAGGAUCCAGCACUAGACAACUUGAUAAAAGACAUCAUCCAUAAUCGAUUGGCUUUAGAUGCUUGGAAAGGUGUGCCAGCUUUUGGUGUGUCUAAGAAGAAACGCAAAGUAAAAGCUACUGUUGAUGAAGAAGGUAGUAUCACACGGAAGGGGAAAAAGAUCAAAAAGGCUGAAUUUUCUGGCGAAGAAAGAGUCAAAAUUCAAAAAGAAGACGAGAAGAUAGUCUCAGAAGAUAUACAGGUUGAUAAGGAUGACAAGAAAGGCUUCUCUGAUAUUUUAUUGAUGAUGGAAAAAAUGAAUGGGAGUAUUGUAGACAUGGGUAAGAAUCUGAGUAGUAGGAUCGAUGACUUGGAGAAUACCUUUGACUCAAGGAUUGUAUCAGUCGAGACUGAUUUGAAGGAACUGAAACAAGCAAAACCAGCUUCAAUACCUACUGCCCAAGUCGCCAAUUCCAUCAACAAUGAAGAUGAAGGUGCAUCGAGUAAAUCUCCUGCAAGUUAUAGUUUGUCUUGGAAAGUAGAGGAGAAGCCAUCUUCAGUGAAUGGUUUGCCUGUUCAAAGAGUGGUGAAGAAAACUUAUACUGUUCAGAAGAAAGUAAAGAAAGAAGGUGAAACAUCUGGAGAUCUUCUCUUAAUUGAAAAGAAAGAUGGUUCAAAGGCUGAGAGGAAAAAGUCUGAAAAGGCUCCGCUGAAAGAAGAAGCUACAAAGGCUGCCAAGAGAGGAGUCGCAAAGCCUCCGGUUAAAGCUGCAGUCAAAGAAAAAGCUGCUAAGAACCAGGGUUUGAAGGUUGUGGUGAAGAAAGAGGCUGUUAAGAAAGACGGUUCUAAGGCUGGUAAUAAGAUGAAGAAGAAAUCUACUACCCAAGAAGACGAUGUUGUAGAUAUCACUGACAAAGUUGAAGAAGAAGCUCUGAAAAUGGUUUCAAGUUCAGAAGACACAUACUCGGAUCCUGGACUGCAGAAAGCUAAUAAGGAACUUGAUGCAACAUUGACAGUAAUGGUAGAGAAGUUAAAGGAUCUAGAUGAGGGUGUUACUGUGGGAAAAAGAGUGCCACAGUUGGCUGGCUCUCAAAAGUACCCGUUUCUUGGUAACUCUACAGUGAAGCGCAUCAUUACGGAUGGAGAACCUUCUUCCUCGAUACCUGAUCACAUGAUGCAUGUUUCUGACGAGAAAAUUCAUCAACUGUUUGAUUUCCUAGAGACAGAUGACGAGGAAGACUUUCUUAACACUACUAAUGGAGAUAUGAGAUUCUAUAGGCAAAUUAUCACUCCAAGAGCAGAGUGGCCAUACGAAACAUAUGGAUGGUUGAAAGAUUAUCAUAUGGGUGCUACGAUGGCUAUGUUCCGCAAAAGGUUGAUGCGUAAGCCUUCAGCGUACCCAAAUCAACGAAUAACUUUCUUGGACCAAGACAUGAUGAGGGAGCUGGCUAGAGAUUAUGAGCACUUUUCUGGAGGACGUAGGAGCUUCAAGUUCAGGGACUAUUUUGAGGAACACCUCAACGGGACAGCUCCUACUGAAUCAGCUACUUACAAGAAGUGGUUCAUCGAUGUUGAUCAUCUUUAUGCUUGCCUCUUUAUCAAUGGUGAUCAUUGGGUUGCUCUUGAUAUUGACUUGCGUGUGAGGAGGAUUAACAUCUACGAUAGCAUCCCACACUUGACCACUGAUCCUGAAAUGGCGAAACAAUGCAUGUUUUUACGGUUGAUGAUCCCUGCCAUGAUGAGUGCUUUCGUACCUAUCAACAUACGUAAGAAGAGUAAUGCAAUGUUGGACGUGAAAAAGAUUACAAAGAAGGUACCUUUGAAUAAAGAUCCCGGCGAUUGUGCUAUCUACACACUCAAAUACAUCGAGUGUUUGGCUCUUGGGAAAUCAUUCGAUGGGCUUUGCGAUGAAAACAUAAAUGCCAUACGUGUUAAACUUGCAGCGGAGCUAUUUGAUGAAGUGAGAGAGACAUCCAAACCAUCUAAUCUUGAUCUUUGUGGUGUAGGUUUCAAGAUCCCUAGUCUCAUAGACGAGUCCAUCGAAUGA